GUGUGUGUGCAGGAGAGGAGUCGAGCAGAGAGAGCUGCUUUUUCAUGAAACGGGAGUAAAGUAGUGAACUUACAGGAACAUAUACCACUACCAACGUUUGGAUCGAUAUCUGCAUCGAUCUGCACACCCUUGUCUCCUGGAUCGUAGCUGAGAUCAGCGCGAACCACGUGGGUCUCUGCUCCCUGAUCUGUUUCUUAAGACUUCCAGCUUCAUCACGGAGUUUCUCUCGGUUUGUGGGCUCAUCUAAAGCUGAGUAACAGGAGGAGAAGAGUCUGGUGGUGCAGCAGAGGAACAAUUUCAGCCAUUUGGACUCAGCUCAGCCACUACAGAGGAAACAAUGACUUCAACACAAAAGGACCAACAUGGAGCGAGAAGUCAGCGCUCUCAGGAGGCCGACAAACCUCACAGAAGAAAGGGAGAGAAAACAUACAGCUGUGAUGAGUGUGGGAAGGAUUUUACCCGGACUGACAACCUAAAAACACACCAACUCAUCCACAGUGGAGUUAAAGCAUACAGCUGUGACUUUUGUGGAAAGUCUUUUACUGAGGCUGGAAACUUAAAAACGCACCAACUCAUCCACAGUGGAGUUAAACCUUACAGCUGUGAGUUGUGUGGAAAGUCUUUUACCCAGGCUGGAGACUUAAAAAGACACCAACUCGUCCACAGUGGAUUUAAAGCGUACAGCUGUGACUUGUGUGGAAAGUCUUUUACCCUGGCUGGACACUUAAAAACUCACCAACUCAUCCACAGUGGAUUUAAAGCCUACAACUGUGACCUGUGUGGAAAGUCUUUUACCCAUGCUCAAAGCCUAAAAAAACACAAAGUCAUCCACAGUGGGGUUAAACCUUUCAGCUGUGAGUUGUGUGGAAAGUCUUUUACCCAGGCUGGAAACUUAAAAAAACACCAAAUCAUCCACAGUGGAUUUAAAGCAUACAGUUGUGACUUGUGUGGGAAGUCUUUUACCCAGGCUGAAAACUUAAAAACACACCAACUCAUCCACAGUGGAUUUAAAGCGUACAACUGUGACCUGUGUGGAAAAUCUUUUACCCAGGCUGGAAACUUAAAAAAACACCAGGUCAUCCACAGUGGAGUUAAACCUUUCAGCUGUGAGUUGUGUGGAAAGUCUUUUACCCAGGCUGGAGACUUAAAAACUCACCAGGUCAUCCACAGUGGAGUUAAACCUUUCAGCUGUGAGUUGUGUGGAAAGUCUUUUACCCAGGCUGGAGACUUGAAAACUCACCAACUCAUCCACAGUGGAGUUAAAGCUUACAGCUGUGACUUGUGUGGAAAGUCUUUUACCCUGGCUGGAGACUUAAAAACUCACCAACUCAUCCACAGUGGAGUUAAAGCACACAGCUGUGAGUUGUGUGGAAAGUCUUUUACCCUGGCUGCACACUUAAAAAAACACCAACUCACCCACAGUGGAGUUAAAGCACACAGCUGUAAGUUGUGUGGUAAAGCUUUUGCUCAUAAUGUUGGUUUACAGAGGCAUCUAGUUACCCACUCUGGAAUUAAGGCGUACAGCUGCGACUUUUGUGGAAAAAGUUUCAGCAACAAACACUACCGAAAUAUUCACCUACGGAUUCACACUGGAAAUGAUGCUUACUGCUGUGAUCAGUGUGGGAAACUGUUUGCAACAGGUGCACAGUUAAAAAUACACAUGUUUAGCCACACUGAGGAGAGACCUUAUGAAUGUGACCUGUGUGAGAAGACUUUUAAAGCUUCACAUCAGCUGAAAAAACACCAACAGAUCCACACUAGAAAGUAACUCUACAAGUGCAGUUACUG